GGAAAAGUAAAGGGGGGGUUCCUCUCCAUCGUCGUCCCGACAGAGUGUACGGACUCAGCUCCGGGAACGAGCUGCCUGAGCUUAGCAUUUCCGCCGGAAUUUCCUCUUCCUUCGGCCGUUCCUUCUUCUUCCGCUUCUUUUUCUUCUUGUAUCACUGCAGCGUCAGGUCCUGCUGCUGUUCGAGCAGACUCCGCCGUGAGGAAACAUGGUGAAGGUGCGCAUGAACACCGCCGACGUGGCCGCGGAGGUCAAGUGCCUUCGCCGCCUGAUAGGCAUGCGUUGCUCCAAUGUCUACGAUCUCAAUCCCAAGACGUAUGUUUUCAAGCUCAUGAAUAGCAGUGGAGUCACAGAAUCGGGGGAGAGCGAGAAAGUUUUGUUGUUGAUGGAGAGCGGCAUCCGUUUGCAUACCACUGCAUAUGUCAGGGACAAGAGUAAUACACCUUCUGGGUUUACCCUAAAAUUGAGGAAGCACAUCCGCACCAGACGGCUAGAGGAUGUGCACCAGCUUGGCUAUGAUCGGAUUGUUCUCUUUCAAUUUGGAUUGGGUGCUAAUGCGCACUACGUCAUAUUGGAGCUCUAUGCCCAAGGAAAUAUUAUCCUGGCAGAUUCUGAAUUCAUAGUCAUGACGCUUCUGCGGUCGCAUAGAGAUGAUGAUAAAGGUUUUGCAAUUAUGUCACGGCAUCGAUAUCCUACUGAAUUUUGUCGAGUAUUUGAGCGAACUACCACUGCAAAGUUACAGGAAGCCCUUACAUCCUCUAAGGAGCCUGAGGACACAGAACCUGUCAAUAUUAAUAAAGGUGGAAAAGAUAUCUCUGAAGUAAAAACAGAAAAGCCAGGGGGUCGAAAGGGCAUAAAGUCUUCUGAAUCGACUAAGCAUACUAGUGAGGGUGCUCGCACCAAACAAGCAACACUUAAAUCUGUUCUUGGAGAGGCUCUGGGAUAUGGGCCUGCACUUUCUGAGCAUAUGAUAUUAGAUGCUGGUCUGGUUCCCAGUAUGAAAGUUCCAAAAGAUUGCAAGUUAGAUGAUGCCAUAAUCCAAACAUUGGCUCAAGGUGUUGCUAAAUUUGAGGAUUGGCUACAGGAGAUUAUUUCAGGUGAUAGAAUUCCUGAGGGAUAUAUUUUAUUGCAAAAGCUAAGUUCUGGGAAGGGGUCCCUUUCGGAAGCUGGAAGUCAGAUCUAUGAUGAGUUCUGCCCCAUUUUGCUUAACCAGUUUAAAUCAAGAGAGCAUAUCACAUUUGAAACAUUUGAUUUGUCCCUCGAUGAAUUCUAUAGUAAGAUCGAAAGUCAAAGGGUGGAACAACAACAGAAGGCAAAAGAGGAGACCGCAAAUCAAAAACUGAAUAAGAUUCGUAUGGAUCAGGAAAAUCGCGUUCAUACGCUUAGAAAGGAAGUUGACCACUGUGUGAAAAUGGCAGAAUUGAUUGAGUACAACUUAGAAGAUGUGGAUGCCGCCAUAGUAGCUGUCCGUGUGGCUCUUGCAAAAGGUAUGAAUUGGGACGAUCUUGCACGUAUGGUGAAGGAAGAGAAGAAAGCUGGAAAUCCUGUCGCUGGUCUCAUUGAUAAGCUCCACUUAGAAAGAAAUUGCAUGACAUUGCUGCUAAGCAACAAUCUUGAUGAAAUGGACGAUGAUGAAAAGACUCUCCCAGUUGAUAAGGUGGAAGUUGAUCUGGCACUUUCUGCACAUGGCAAUGCUCGUCGCUGGUAUGAAAUGAAGAAGAAACAGGAAAGCAAAGAGGAGAAGACCAUGACAGCACAUGAAAAAGCAUUUAAAGCUGCAGAGAGAAAGACUCGUCUCCAGCUUUCUCAGGAAAAAAAGGUUGCUACAAUUUCACACAUGCGCAAAGUUCACUGGUUUGAAAAGUUUAAUUGGUUUAUCAGCAGUGAGAAUUAUCUGAUAAUCAGUGGCCGUGAUGCACAACAAAAUGAGAUGAUAGUGAAGCGUUACAUGUCAAAAGGAGACUUGUAUGUCCAUGCAGAGUUGCAUGGAGCAUCUAGCACUGUGAUCAAGAAUCACAGACCUGAUCAGCCAGUGCCGCCUCUUACUUUGAACCAAGCGGGAUGCUUCACAGUUUGCCACAGCCAGGCAUGGGAUUCAAAGAUAGUCACAAGUGCUUGGUGGGUUUAUCCUCACCAAGUCAGUAAAACUGCUCCAACUGGUGAGUAUCUUACAGCUGGGAGUUUUAUGAUUCGUGGGAAGAAAAACUUUCUUCCUCCGCAGCCUCUUGUUAUGGGUUUUGGGUUGUUAUUUCGCUUGGAUGAGAGCUCCUUGGGUUCACACUUAAAUGAAAGGAGAGUAAGAGGGGAGGAGGAGGGUGUGAAUGAUGUUGAAGGAAGUGAGCAUCUGAUAGAGGAACCUGAUACUGACUCGGAGGAGGAAGUAAUGGAGAAAAUGGUCUCAGUUGAAUCUGCAAGUGUUGAGGAUUCGUCAAAAGAUCUGUCUAAACAUGAAUCAGAAAGUACGUCUGCAUCAGAUUAUAAAAGUAGCGAUGGUUGCAACCUAAAUAUUGAAGACAAAAGUACUUCAAAUGGUUUAGAUACUGAGAAAUCAGAUGUUAUUUCUCAUACUGAUACUGCCGUGUUCAGCCCUCAACUUGAGGAUAUACUUGAUAGAGCACUUGGACUUGGAUCUACUGCUAUAUCUUCUAAGAAUUAUAGCCACGAGACUAGUCAGAAAAAUUUGGUGGAGGAAACUGAGCAUGAAGGAGGGAAAUCUUCUGCUAGAGAGAAACCCUAUGUAUCAAAAGCAGAAAGAAGAAAGCUCAAGAAAGGCCAGAAAAGUAAUGAUGCUGACACGGUUGUUGAGGAGGGUGACAACAAGGCAAAAGAAAGUGAUGUGUCUGUCAGUCAAUCUGAGAAGAAUGUUCAACAAGUUAAACAGGGAGCAGCAAAAUUAAGCCGCGGACAAAGGAGUAAACUCAAGAAGAUAAAGGAGAAGUAUGCCGAUCAGGAUGAAGAAGAGAGAAACUCACGCAUGGCUUUGCUGUCCCCUGCUGGGAAGGUGCUAAAAGAUGGUGGAGAGUUGCAGAGGGAGAAUACAGAACCGAGCAAGGAGAAGCAACUUGCUAGUGGUCCAGAAGAUGCCCUGAAAAUAUGUUACAAGUGCAAGAGGGUGGGCCACCUCUCUCGAGAUUGUCGGGAACAUCCAGAGGAGACGUCAAGUGGUCACUCCAACGGUCAAGUUGAGGAUACAGCUCACUUGGGAUCGAAAGAUGCUAUGGAUAGAGUGAAUAUGGAAGAGGAUGAUAUUCACGAAAUAGGCGAGGAGGAGAAAGAGAAACUAAAUGACGUGGACUACUUGACGGGGAAUCCCCUGCCUAGUGAUAUCCUUUUGUAUGCAGUUCCAGUUUGUGGACCCUACAAUGCCCUACAAUCAUAUAAAUACCGCGUGAAGAUUACCCCGGGCACUGCAAAAAAGGGAAAAGCUGCAAAGAUGGCCAUGAAUUUAUUCAGCCAUAUGCCCGAGGCCACGAGCAGGGAGAAGGAACUGAUGAAAGCAUGCACAGAUCCUGAGCUUGUCGCCGCCAUCAUUGGCAACGUGAAGAUCAGCGCUGCAGGUCUUUCGCAGCUGAAGCAGAAGCAGAAGAAGUCGAAGAAGGGUGGGAGAUAGGAUCGUUAGCUUGUGAGAUUCGUGGUCCUUUUAGUAACACUUCACAUCCCACACAGAUUUUCUUACAAUACAAUUAUAGUUUCUUGUUCACAACAUUUGGGUGUAUAGUUGUCUCAUCGAUGACGGCGAUAGAAAGUCCUCUUAAUAGCUAUAUUCUGUGGUGAAAGUUUUGUUGAGCAACCUUGGAAUUUCUGAUGUCGAUUUUACCUUUGCAUCGGGAGUGUUGUAGUAGUAUGGUGAAAUCCUCUUACCAA